GGCCCGGUUGCGGCGCUGCCCCCCCACCGCCCGCCGGGAGAGGCGCCAUGGCGGGCCGGGUGAGCGGCGCGCCGGCCCCGGGGCUGCCCGCGUCCGGGGCGGCGGGUCCGGGGUCGCCGGCGGCGGGCAAGGAGAAGGAGAAGCGCUCGCUGGGGAAGCGGCUGUUCUUUCGCGGGCGCGGCGCGGGGGGCUCCUCGCUGGGCGGGCUGGUGAGCCGCGUGCUGCGGACGCUCUCCACGCUCUCGCACCUGGGCGGCGAGCACGGUCCCCCCGCCGCCGCCGCCGCCCCGCCGCCCCCCGAGCAGCCGCCGCCGCCGCGGGAGGAGGAGCGGCCCGAGCCGCCCCCGCCGGCGCCCCCCGGCGCGCCCUGCUGCCCCCCGGGCGGCGCGGCGCUGGUGCCCGGCGUGGCGGGGCUGCGCAACCACGGGAACACGUGCUUCAUGAACGCCGUGCUGCAGUGCCUGAGCAACACGGAGCCGCUGGCCGAGUUCCUGGCGCUGGAGCACUUCCGCGGCCCCCCCGCCGCCCCGCCGCCCCCGCCCGAGCCCCGCGCCGCCGGGGAGGUGACGGAGCAGCUGGCGCAGCUGGUGCGCGCCCUCUGGACGCUCCAGUACACGCCGCAGCACAGCCGCGAGUUCAAGAGCAUCGUUUCCAAGAACGCCUUGCAGUUCCGAGGGAGCUCGCAACACGAUGCCCAGGAGUUCCUGCUCUGGCUUCUGGACAGAGUCCAUGAAGAUCUCCACAAUUUAGUGAAGAACAGUGAUGGGAGAGCGUCUGUGAAGCUACCAUUAGAAGAAGAUUCCCUGAUUGAGGGAAGCCUCUUGCCAGUCAACAGCACUUUCGUUCAGGAACUCUUUCAAGCUCAGUACAGGUCAUCCUUGACAUGUCCUCAUUGCCAGAAGCAGAGCAACACUUUCGAUCCUUUCCUCUGCAUUUCUCUGCCAAUCCCGCUGCCUCACACACGCCCGCUGUACAUUACCGUGGUCUAUCGAGGGAAGUGUUCCCACUGCAUGCGCAUUGGAGUGGCUGUGCCUUUGUCCGGAACGGUGGCCCAACUGAGGGAAGCGGUGGCCAGAGAAACCAAAAUACCUGCCAAACAGAUUGUGCUCACGGAGAUGUAUUAUGAUGGCUUCCAUCGCUCUUUCUCUGACUUGGACGACCUUGACACGGUGCAAGAGAGCGACUGUAUCUUUGCCUUUGAGACCCCGGAGAUCUUCUGGCCAGAAGGGAUCCUAAGCCAGAGAGGAAUCCACACCAACGCUAAUCUGAACCACUUGAAAUACAGCCUCGACCAUGCCAAGUCGCCCACUUAUGCCCAGGCCACGUUGGAGAGCGGCAGUGCCCGGACAACAGCGGGAGCUGCUGCUCUGAGCGACAAGCUUGUGGUCCUGGUGUGUAACAGAGCCUGCAGUGGUCAGCAGGGAAAGCGGUUCGGCCAGCCCUUUGUGCUGCAUUUGGAGAAGACCAUCCCUUGGGAUCUUCUGCAGAAGGAGAUCUUGGAGAAGAUGCAGUAUUUUCUGCGCCCCUCAGCCUGCAUUCAGGUGUGUCCCUUCAGCUUGCGAGUGGUCAGUGCUGUGGGCAUCACGUACCUCUUGCCGCAGGAAGAGCGGCCUCUCUGCCACCUGAUGGUGGAACGAACCUUGAAGUCUUGUGGGACAGGCGGAACCCCCCACGUGAAGUUGGUGGUCGAAUGGGACAAGGAGACGAAAGACUACUUGGUCAUCAACACUGAAGAUGAGUACAUCCCUGAUGCCGAGAGUGUCCGCCAGCAGAGGGCGCUGCACCAGCAGCCGCUGUCCUGCACCUUAGCCCAGUGUUUCCAGCUCUACACCAAAGAGGAGCAGCUGGCCCCCGAUGAUGCCUGGCGCUGCCCUCACUGCAAGCAGCUGCAGCAAGGAAGCAUCAGCCUGAGCCUCUGGACGCUGCCGGACGUGCUAAUCAUUCACUUGAAGCGCUUCCGACAGGAAGGAGACCGGCGCAUGAAGCUUCAGAACAUGGUCCGCUUUCCCCUGACCGGCCUUGACAUGACCCCUCACGUGGUCAAGCGAAGCCAGAGCAGCUGGAGCCUGCCCUCCCACUGGUCCCCCUGGAGGCGCCCCUACGGCCUGGGCAGAGACCCAGAGGACUUCAUCUACGACCUGUAUGCGGUGUGCAACCACCAUGGCACCAUGCAGGGGGGGCACUACACAGCCUACUGCAAGAACUCCGUUGAUGGCCUCUGGUACUGCUUUGAUGACAGCGAGGUCCAGCAGUUGGCCGAGAACGAGGUGUGCAAGCCCACUGCCUACAUCCUCUUCUACCAGAGGCGGACGGCCAUUCCCGCCUGGUCAGCCAACAGUUCCGUGGCAGGUUCCACCAGCUCCUCCUUGUGUGAGCACUGGGUGAGUCGGCUACCGGGCAGCAAACCGCCCAGCGUGGCCUCAGCGGCUUCCUCCAGGCGCACUUCGCUGGCUUCCCUCUCGGAGUCGGUGGAGCUGAUGGGGGAGCGGAGUGAGGAUGAUGGAGGGUUUUCGACUCGGCCCUUUGUGAGGAGCGUCCAGCGCCAGAACCUGUCUUCCAGAUCCUCGGUGACCAGCCCUUUGGCCACCAACGAAAAUGGGGUCCGCCCGUCGUGGUCCCUCUCCGCCAAGCUGCAGAUGCGCUCCAACUCGGCUUCUCCUGUCCAUGGAUCCUCCGCCACCCUGGAGAGAAUCGGAGAGUCGGCCGAUGACCGUGUGGCCACCUCCUGCUUUGGCAGCCGGCGGAGUCUCUCCGGCAGCCCCCUGGAGCCCAGGGAAGCAGGAGGCAGCCACCACAGCCAGCAGGACUCUCGGACGCUCGGCAGGGCCCCCCUGGCAGUCAUGGAAGGGAUCUUCAGAGACGAUGCUCCAGCGUGGAAAGCCCCCGGCAAGACAGGCCUGCAGACGAACAGGAACAGAUCCCCUCUGGGUCCCUUUGACAACAACAACCAGAUCGCCUUCGUUGACCAGAGCGACUCUGUGGAAAGCUCUCCGGUCAAGGACAGUCAGAACUUUGGCUGGCUGGCCAAGCCGGACGGUGGCAGCCCUCUCCAGGCCCCUCCCUCCCAAGACGGCCAUGGGCAGGGCAGCGGCUUGAAGUCAGGGCGGGCAGUCUUGUCCAGCCAGGAUUCCCUGACAUCUCACCGGUCGGUCGCUUCCCCCCCUCCCUCCAAGGCCUUGCCAAAGGCGCCCCGUUCCCGGAGCAAGCUGGACUCGUGCAGGGCCAGUGGGCGCCCUGGUUCUCCUGCGGCCAGGCCGGGCAAGAAAGACGCUGGCAUGAAGGGCCCCGAGGCCGCCUCUGCCACCUCCACCCAGCAGAAGCACCGGCCAGUUUCCUUGCCGUCUUCCUCCGCAGCGGCCAGAAGGAGCUCUGGGGGCUCUGUGCGGGGACACCCCCCCUCGGGCAAGAGCAGGACUUCAGAGCGCGGCCUCAGCAGGGAGGGCUCCAAGCUGAGCAUGGGCUUGGAGAAGACGGGCGGGGCCGCCAGCCCACGCACAAACUCUCCCCGGCUGGGCCAGGCGCGCGGGGAGGGCAGGGCCCCCGAGGGCAAGCACGUGCGCAGCACCUCCCUGGCCAGCCUGCGCUCGCCCAGCACCGGGUCCCGGUCCAGCCUGAAGAGGGACAGCAAGUCGGAGGAGAAAGGCUUGUCCUUCUUCAAGUCUGCCCUCCGCCAGAAGGAGACCCGCCGGUCAGCUGACCUGGGCAAGACCACCCUGCUGGCCAAAAAGACGGGGGGCGGCUCCUGCAAGGCUGCGGGGAAGACCCUCUCGGAGGAGAAGCCUCUGGAGAAGGCAACACUCCCUAAUGCCAACGUGGCUGCCAAAGACCCCCUGCUGCCCGGCAAACGCUCCCUGCUGACCACUUGCAAAUUACAGUCUUCCCAGCCGGAGGGCAGCCCUAAGUCCCCUGGAGGGGGCAGGCCAGCCAUCAACAAGGCUGUGCCCAGGCUCCCCCCGGCAGUGCCCUCCUCCACCCGCGCACCUUCCCUGUCACCGUGAUCUGCUGCUGCUCAGCUGCCCCAGAGGGGAGACCUUGCUGCUGAGGCCCCUCCUGGUUUCGUCCUCGUGCCAGGUCCCCAUGGCUACUUGCAGGGCUGCCCAGGGAUCCUCCACGGCCUGUCCGGGGAGCCCUCCGGGAGUGCCCAUCUGGCCAGGUGUCCUCUCCUGGGGCUGGCCAGGGCAGAUGGCGGCGCAGCUCUGUGAGCUGAGAAGACCCGCGAGGGAGCCCGGGUCACAAGCGGACUCCUGGUUCUGCUGUGCUACCCUCCCUCCUUGGCUCCCCACGUCGCAAGCUUCCCCCAGGGCAAUAUCUUAGCGCUUACAUUAUUUCUCAGGUAUAUGCUCAGCCAGAACUAGGAGGAACCGAAGACUCUGAGGAAGGUGCCUUUCUCUCUCUCUCUCUCUCUCUCUCUCUCUCUCUCUCUCUCUCUCUCUCCCUCUCUCUCUCAGUGUCUAUCUUUCCCCUCUUUUCACAUUCUUUUCAUUCUGAGGGGCUUCUGUUGGUGUAUAUGUUGCUGCCCAGGAGCUCUUUGGGCCCUCCAGAGCAGGGGAGGGGAGCCGUGGGUAGGAUGAGGACAGUCCCAAGAGGAGGGGGCUGUGGAAGGCAGGCUCUGUGCUGUCCCUGGAAGGGUGGGCCAACUCCAUCCCCUUGGAGGGACAGUGGCUGGCAGGGCUUCUGGCGGGAGGGGCCUUCUGCUUCGGGGAGCCAACUGGAUCAGGCUCUUCAUCUUCUUGCUGCUUCUCCUGUGGGUGGCUCUUCAGCCCAAGAUGCCAUCUUGCCCCAGCUCUCUCUGGAACCAGAAUUGUGUCUUCUGCCCCAUGUUUUUCAUUCUGUUUCCAUGGCAGUCCUGGAUGCUUUGGGCUUCUGCGCCUUCCUUGUUCUUUCUUGCUUAUCUAUUCCCGAACAUCCUCCGUGUCCGCUGGCUGGGUACGGACAUGCGGAAAGGAAGGAUGUUUUGGAUCUUCUUGUAUUCUGGAUGGCAGGUGCGCUCCUUCCCCGUGCAAAGUAGUAGCAGGAGCUGUGGUUUUCUUGCUGCGUCUGCAGGUUCCUCCAGUUGAAGUGAGCCCGUCCCUCUGUGGUGGACUCUCUAAGUGCCUCUUUGGCUGCUCUGCAGGGGCUCGAUCUUUGCCCUGGCAACUCUAGAAGGAGGCUGUUCCCCUGGGCUUCGUCUGCCCCCUCCUCAGUCUUGGGUUAGAUCUCUGUAAGCAAGCGUGUUAAGGAGCCACUCACUUUCUGCACCUCCUAGGAAGGCAAGAGGCAGCUCCCUUCACAUGUUAAAGGAACUUCCAGGAAGACCUCUCCAACUCUGUAGGGCUCCUGGUGGGGGCAAAGAAUUGUAGGCUGGUCUCUGUUCAUGUGAGGCACAACGUGUGCGUGCGUGUGCAUAUUUGCUGUAGCGGUAGUUCAUGGAUGUGCAGCAAGGAGGAGGAGAGCCUGUGGGUGUAGGAGUCUACUUGACCCUUGGAAGUGUCUGUCCCCUGUUCUUUUUUGUGGAGUAACACCAGCUUGCUUGGAGCAGUCUUCUAAAGCUCUCAGUGGCCACUGUUUGGAAUCUCUUAGGGUGGGGACCUACUCUUGAUUGUGGAUCUCCUUUGAUUGAGAUAGAGGCCCAUUUGUUCUUGAGGUCCUCUGUUGCCAACAUUGUCAUCUAGGGCAUCUGUCUGAACAAGCUGGCCUAAGAAUCAAGGUGUUGUGUUGAUUGUGUGGCACUAGAAUAUUCUAUCUAGAAAGCCUCUUGAGGUCUUGGGAUUGGGUAGGGUGGGGGUGGUGAUUGGUAGCAACUAAUUCUGGCAUCCUUCAAAGAGGAUGGGAACCGCGUUCAUCCUCAGCGGGCACAUUUCUUCCUUGUGUGGUCAUCCUUCCAGCAUUGAAGAGUUCAAUUCUCAUCCCAGAAGGCUUUCUUCUUCUUUCUUUCUUCUGUUCUUUCUGAUUAGGUUGGUGUUAAUUUGUACCUUGUUCUGUUCAGAAGAGGUACCUUGAGCACUUCACAUUACUUGUCCUCCAUACGCCACACAGAGCCUUUGCAACUAACUUUGCAGCCAUUGCUUACACACAGCUGAGGCUCAGAUCAGUUCAGAGAAGUGUUGGGAUGGGAAACCUCCACGCUCCAGGAGUGACUUAAUUCUGCAGACAGUUCUGUGCUUGGCAAUCACAUCUGGGAUGCUGAGCAUGGCCAGCUACUUUCCCCCUACUACUGAAGUUAAAUUUGCAUGGUAUCGCUCAGCUGUUCCCUAUGCAUGCCCAUAUUAAGUAUGCAAACAGCUCUUGCAAGCUAAAAUAAAAUACACUAUGGCAAGGAUAGGCACCCCGUUUUCCUUCUGGUGUUUCUAAGUUGCAGCUCCCAGCUUCCCUUGCUGUGGGCCGUGUCACCUCAGCAUGGCAGAGGCUGUCUGGAGGCUGCAGCUCAGCCAUCCUGGGCUGUGUUGCAAGGAUUCUGGAUGGGGUCUCUGUCCAAGCUGUGCUGGAUGCAUCUGAGGAGCCCACGGCCUUCGUUCCCUGCUUUGUGGGCUCCCAAAGCUUCCUUUCUGUGACCCUUGGCUGACUUCUGUGGAUAUAAAACUUAGCUGUGAAAUUCUUCAAAGAAAGGAGGCAGCUUCUCUCAUUGUCAGUUAUGUUUGUCUUUCUAAGCAAGAGAACCUAUGCAGCUUUUACCCCAGACCCAUCCUGACCCACCUUUCGUUGCGUGGCUUCAUGAACAUUGUCAGCCCCUGGCAGGUCCUGCACUGGGGAUGCCAACCACCUCCCCGUGGCCCAGGAAGGCAGAGCUUCAUCCUGGCCAGGGGGAGCUGGCGGUUUGGCUACAGCCUGCAGAGGAGGGGCCUAGGAAUGGCCCCAGGCAGGCCCAUUGGGCCCCGCUGCCCAGGACAGGCCUGAUCUGCUUAGCCGUUCCGGAAACCCCCUCGGGGCCAGAAGGCAUUUGUGCUUGGAAAUUCCAGCUGAAAUUAACGUUUGUGGGAAAAUCUUUUUUUGCUCAUUCCCGUAUUAAUCUGCCGAUGGGUCCAACAUAACCACACAAGCAACUAAAAUUUAGUUUUAAUCUUUGGUGAGUUGACCCGAGGGUUUUUCUUCACUGGCCCGAGAGCUGAACUUGAGAGACUUAAAGAGGAGAGCGGAGUUUGCCACGCGUGGAAGUCGUGGAAAUUCCUGAGGGUCCUGGAAGCAUUUUUGAGCUCAGCCGGUCCCCUCGCCUUUGAUUCCGCCGUCUCCAGAAGGGGCAGCCGGAGAUUCCACCGGCGUGCAGCCCCAGCUCACCUUUGGCUAAAACUAGAUGCUCAACCCGAUGAGUCAACCGUGGCAACCCGAGAUGUGUGUGAGGAGCUGCAUGCGUUCCUCCCCUUCCCCGCUGCUGACUUUGAUAUGUGAUCAGAGUUUCCCUCUUUUUUUUAAAUCUGUACAAUCCACUGGGGGGGAGGCUGUGUCUCCUUCCAGAAGGGGUUUUAACUUAUUUCAGAGCAAGUGCAUGAGAGUGUGUCAAUGCCUUUUAUUUAUUUGUAUGCACUUUUAAUAUGCAGAAUUUAUAUUUUUAUGUUUUGAAAAUAAUUUCCUUUCCUGAAGAAGAGUUUGGAUACAAGAGAUUGGAUGAUUAACCGUGAAAAAUGUAAUAAUAGUACAAUAAAUUUACAGUGUACAAGGCC